GUCCUUUGGCUCUAGAAUCCCUAGAGCCAGGAUCAGAGCUCAGGCAGCUUCCAGAAACAGAGCAGGCACCUCUUAAAUCUGCUUUGCCCCUCUCUGCCAGUCAGGGGCUCCCAGGCAGGGGCAGGGGCAGGGCCUGAGCUGUUUACCCUGUCCCUGUCUUAUUCCUGUGGGUGGAGCCUGGCCCCACUCUGCUCCCUGACCUGCUGCUCCCCAUAGCCCCUACUCGUGUGUGUCAGCACUGCAGAUUUUGCUGAGCCACCCAUCACCACGCCUGCUGCUUCUGUGCUCCUGCUGCUCUGGGUCAGUUGCCCAAGAAAGUCAGACCCAGCUGAGGCCACCAAGUGCUGUAGCCAUGGUCCACGGACACAAAGGCUUCCAGUUCCAAAACUGGGCCAGAACAUAUGGCUGCUGCCCGGAGAUGUACUAUCAGCCCUCGUCCGUGGAGGAGAUCCGGGAGGUGCUGACCCUGGCCAGGCAGCAGAACAAGCGCGUGAAGGUGGUGGGCGGAGGCCACUCCCCCUCGGACAUCGCCUGCACCGACGGCUUCAUGAUCCACAUGGGCAAGAUGAACCGGGUCCUCCAGGUGGACACGGAGAAGAAGCAGGUGACGGUGGAGGCUGGCAUCCUGUUGGCGGAGCUGCACCCGCAGCUGGACAGGCACGGCCUGGCCCUGUCCAACCUGGGAGCCGUGUCCGACGUGACGGCAGCUGGUGUCAUCGGCUCUGGGACGCACAACACUGGCAUCAAGCACGGUAUCUUGGCCACCCAGGUGGUGGCGCUGACGCUGAUGACAGCAGACGGGGCCGUUCUGGAGUGCUCCGCGUCCAGCCACCCCGAGCUGUUCCAGGCUGCGCGCGUGCACCUGGGCUGCCUGGGCGUGGUCCUCACGGUCACCCUGCAGUGCGUGCCGCAGUUCCACCUGCAGGAGACGUCCUUCCCCUCCACCCUGAAAGAGGUCCUCGACAACCUGGACAGCCAUCUGAAGAAGUCCGAGUACUUCCGCUUCCUGUGGUUCCCACACAGCGAGAACGUCAGCGUCAUCUACCAGGACCACACUAACAAGCCCCCCUCCUCUUCGGCCAACUGGUUUUGGGACUAUGCCAUUGGAUUCUACUUACUGGAGUUCCUACUCUGGACCAGCACCUUCCUGCCGUGCCUUGUGGGCUGGAUCAAUCGCUUCUUCUUCUGGCUGCUGUUCAACCACAAGAAGGAGAACAGUGAUGUCAGCUACAAGAUCUUCACCUACGAGUGCCGCUUCAAGCAGCAUGUCCAGGACUGGGCCAUCCCCAGAGAGAAGACCAAGGAGGCCCUGCUGGAGCUGAAGAGCAUGCUGGAAGCCCACCCCAAGGUGAUGGCUCACUACCCCGUGGAGGUGCGCUUCACCAGGGGGGACGACAUCCUGCUGAGCCCCUGCUCCCAGAGGGACAGCUGCUACAUGAACAUCAUCAUGUACAGGCCCUACGGCAAGGAUGUGCCUCGGCUGGACUACUGGCUGGCCUAUGAGACCAUCAUGAAGAAGUUCGGGGGCAGACCCCACUGGGCCAAGGCCCACAACUGCACCCGGAAGGACUUUGAGAAAAUGUAUCCUGCCUUUCCCAAGUUCUGCUCCAUCCGUGAAAAGCUGGACCCCACUGGAAUGUUCCUGAAUUCCUACCUAGAGAAAGUGUUCUACUGAGGCCAGAGGACACACAAGCUGGGCCCACCUCCAUGAGGGUGGAGGUCCAGGAGGCAGAGGUUCCCUCCUGCCUCCACAGCAUGAGCUGGGCUCUGGUCAGGGCCUGUCUGCCCUCCCUCCCUGCCUGACCUCACAGCACCCACAGCAGGAGAUGCCCUUGCUGCCCAAUCCCUUUCCCACACCUUCAGUCACCACAUUCUUGUUUCUCCAGGAGAAAGGGGAGCCCUAAUGUGUGCUAUGUUUGUCUAGGAGGUCAAGGAUCCUGUGACUCACAAGUUCCACCUACUAGCAAGGUAUGGGAUUGAAAGUCCCCAGGGCUGUGAUUUCUGGGAUUCUCUCUCCAGCCCUCUCAAUAUUAUACACAGCUAAGUUAGUUAAAAUAUUAUAGGUAACCCGGGGAUGUGGCUGAGUGGCACCAUGUCUGCCUGGCAAGUACAAGAUCCUGAGUUUGAUCCCCGGGACUUCAAAAAAAAAAAAAA